AUGUUUAAUUUUCAUGAUUUAGAUAUUCACAUUGAAAGACCAUUUAUAAAUGAAAAUAAACGUGGUACACAUCGAACUGAUUUUCUUCGUCAAAGUCCACAUGAAAUUGAUGAUGAUCUAAUAUAUUGUUAUGAAACAUUUGAUAAUGUUUCAAUUGUAACUGUUGCAUCUGAAGUUCCUAAUAUGAUUGAAAAUGAUAUAGCACAAUUAGUGGAUAAAUAUGGUUUAAGAGAUAGUCCACCACUACCCCAUCGAGCAACGUCGUCACUCCAAAAUUUUUGA